AACGUAUUUCCUUGUGUCAGUGAACUGAACGCACCCGACUUUGAUAUUCGCUCAUUCAAGUCGAGCAUCACCACACGAGUUAGUGAAUCAAAGAUAAAAACUUCUGAGGGUUUCGUUAAAUCAACUUAAACAAUUUAUAAGGGAUUAUUAAAUUGAAAAUUAUUUAAGUUAUUGUAAAACAAUGACUGACGUGGCGAAAAAGGUCCAAGACUACAAAGAUUCACUCAAACAAAAGGCUGAGCACCUUAUAAUAAAAGGAUUCCCAGAAAAAAUAGUAAAGUUGAAUGAACUUCUAGAAACACCAAACUUCCAAAAUAGAGACUUAGUUGAUGUCCAUCAGGAUUUAAACAUUCCAGUGCCUCCCCCAGCACAAGCUGUUAAUGAACCCAAUGCUAAGAGGCCAAGAGUAGAUUCAUCAGAGGUCUCCAGUAAUUCUACUAUAGAAGGUACAAGGGUGUAUGCACUUCCCAAUGGCAGUGUCCCUUGUAAUAAGCCUCUUAGUGACCUUAUCCACCUUGUAAAACCUCAUAUCAGAGAACUUAUUGAGGAUUCUAACUUGCUUAAGAUGUGGAUCUCAUUUAUGAUUCCUAAAAUUGAGGAUGGUAACAACUUUGGGGUAUCAAUACAAGAAGACACAUUAGCAGAGGUCCAAUCAGUGGAGUCAGAAGCAGCAGCAUUCUUUGAUCAAAUCUCAAGAUACUUCAUAUCAAGAGCAAAAAUUGUUUCAAAAGUUGCCAAAUACCCCCAUAUUGAUGACUAUAGAAGAGCUGUUAGAGAACUGGACGAGAAAGAGUACAUAUCUCUAUGGCUAGUCAUGUGCGAGAUACGCAACCGCUAUUGCUCACUGCAUGACAUCGUCAUAAAAAACCUGGAGAAAAUAAAGAAACCCCGUUCCUCAAAUGCAGAAACAUUAUAUUAGGAAAUAAUUUUAAUCUCAAUUGUAAUAUUAGUCACGCAAGGCUCCCUUGUGAAUUUAAGGAUAAUUCUAAAGCUAUCUUGUUUUUUAUUCACUAGGCAAUUCUCUGUAUGAUACAUAUUAACUUUCCUGAUUAAAGCAAUAAUGAAGAUGGAAUUAAAAUCGAAACUUCUCUUUCUUAUUUUAUCAUUUGCAAGUAAUUGAAAGAGAGGGCACGAUGUUAAUUUCGUGUACAGUAUCUUUAAUUACAAAGGUAAUGCAAUAAAUGCUUGAUCAAUUUCAAAACAGGAGCACAAACUAGGGCACUUAUUGAGUAUUGUUUUAUAACACAGAUUGAAUUUUUGUUGGGAAUCACCAAAAAAUUAUUUAAUUUACAUGGCAUCAAUUUUAUUAUUAUUAUUAAUGAUGUAGUAUUCUAAUUUUGGGUAUUAUAAGAAUAGCCACAGAAUGUGUUUGUAAUUAAAAGAGCUACUGUUGUUAUUUCAAAUAUGUUCUAGUGGGUUAAAAAUGAGAUGCUUAUGUUAUAUCAUAGGUUUGUAGCCACUAUGAAAAAUUUGAAUACUUUGCCUUCAAAAGGCGGUAUUAUAUAAAUAAUGAUUUUGGAUAUAUUUUAUCAUAGUAUGUGAUUUAUUCCUUCAAUAAAUAAAUAAAUACAAUUGACCCAAAAAAGCAAGUUAAUAUAAAAAUUGAUUCAUGGCGAGACUGAUUUAAUUUUUAAUAUUUAUUUAUAUGGUUUUACAAAAAUUUAUAUUGAUAUCUAUUUUUUUUUGUAACACCUGUAUUAAAAUAUGAACUGCUACAAAACUCUGAUAUAACGCCAACCAAUGAUGCCCAUUUAUUCCUUGUAAACUUUAGUGUAAGUGCUUACUAUUGUAUUAUCUGUUUCAACAACUUAAUUUAUUUUAAUAUUGAUAAAAUUGAGUUAAGUGCCUAAUCGGAAAAUAUUUCCACAUUGACAUUUAAAAAUAUAGCUGUCACAUGUUCCAUAGAUAUGUUGGUGAUCAAGAUUUACAAAAUUGCAAUAAAUACAUUUGUAUGAAUGUGAA